AUAUAUAUAUAUUUAAUAUUAUAUAUAUUUGUUCAUAUUAAUCAUUGACCUAAAUGUGGCUAUAUAAGAAGAGUAUGAGUGCUAAAGAUGAGCUAUAGAAGCAUUGCAGCUCUCUUAGUAGAAGGUAAAGCAGGUGAGCCUUUUGUGCUUCUGGGAAAUGGAAGUAAUGGAACAACAGGAGGAGGUGGAGGUGGAAGUGGAAGUGGCUUUGCAAAGAAGGCGGCCUCAGCAUCAAAACAAUACUACUAAAGAAGAAGGAGAGGACAAGGGAAGGUUGGGAGAGAGUGUUUACCAUGACAACAAUAGAGGUACUGAAACAAUAACUACUGGAAUUUCUGGAAUAAAAAAUGCUACUUUUGAAUGUUCCCUUUCUGAGUUGAAUUUUACAGAUCAGGGCAAUGGAAAGAUUUUAAGCAAUGACAUCAACCGUCAAAGAGAAAAUCUGAAGGGUGAAAUUUCAUAUGCCUUAGAUGCACAGUUUAAGCUUGUAGGUAAACGAACAAGAGAAAAUGAAGAGAGUGAAGAGGUAGUGAUAGAAUUGGAAUUCGAGAGGACAGUAGAGGAUAUGGACACACAUGCAUUGUAUUGUCCUAAUUGUAAUUCUUCCAUUACCAAGGUUAUUCUUCGUAGAAAGAAACGGGGAAUUUUUGGGUUUGGAAGAAAAAAUAAGAACCCGGCAUCAGAUCCAUCUCUUAUCUUGAAUGCAGCACAGCCUGAUCAAAGUGGCCAAACAAUAUGCAAUAAUGGAGUUCAAGGACCUGUGCCACCUCGGGAUCACAGAAUCGACGUUGUAGGGGAACCAGAUGAAAAACCCAUGAAAGGGGCCGAACCUCCCACAAAGCCACAGAGUAAAAUUAAAGAUACAAAGAAUGAUGACGCCAAACAGCCUAAAGGGUAUUUCUGUCCUGAUCCAACAGAACCGAUAACUGGAAGUGAAACAAAAGGUUCUAAAACAUUGGAUAUCCUGAAAAGCAUUGUCUAUGGCGGUUUAGUGGAAUCAAUUGCAAGCCUGAGUGUUGUGUCAUCUGCCGCGGCUGCUGAUGCUACCACAUUGAACAUUGUAGCUUUGGGAUUGGCAAAUCUGAUUGGUGGACUUUUCAUCAUUGGUCAAAAACUUCUGGAACUCAAAAAUGAUCAGUACGAAGAACUACUGGGAGGAAAGUGCUUACUUCAUGCCAUAGUUGCUCUGCUAUCGUUUCUACUUUUCGGCUUAAUCCCUCCUGUAACAUAUGCCUUCUCAUUUUGGAAGAGUGACAAUAAAGACCUAAAGCUCGUGGCAGUUGCAGCGGCUUCUCUUUUGUGCAUCGUUAUACUAGCAUGUGGAAAGGCUUAUGUCCGAAAGCCUCCCAAGCCUUACACAAAGACUCUACUGUCCUAUGUCUGUAAUGCCAUUUUGGUCUCAGGAGUUUCUUACGCCGUAGGCUAUCUAAUCAAGGAACUCAUGGAGAAACUCGGCUGGUUCGACUCAAGUGUAGAUGUCACUCUGUCCAUUCCUGAUACGAGAUCAGGAAAUCCAGCUUGGGGGUCCUAUUGA